AUGGUUGAACCAGUUGUCAAGAUACAGACUUUGAGAGCCCGACUGAUUGGUGUUGAUAAAAAUGAUCUUAAUAAAGCGUUCAUACAACUAACACUUGAGUUCUUGACCAAACAAAAGUUUGAGGCUUAUGAUUCAAAAGGUAUUGUCAUAGCUGGUAACCAGAACAAGGAGGUCCUUGUCCGUGACAUUUGGGUAUUAGAGAAAUUCCUUUUCAAUAACGAUGCUGUCUGGCGGCUCUGUGGUCGAAUUUCGUCGAAGUAG